AUGAAUAUCCGACCGGUCACAGAUUGGAGAGAACCCACCCUGGUGUCUGUAGACAUGACUUUCCGAGGGAUUCUAGAAAUGGAUGAAAAGUUACAGAUAUUGACAACGUUGAUGGACUUUGAAAUGGUAUGGAAUAAUCAGCUUCUAUCCUGGGAACCAGACGAGUUCUGUGGCAUAAACCGUAUCCUCAUUCCAGAGGGUUCAGUCUGGGUUCCUGAUGUCACUAUAGCUGAAAUGACAGAGGAUGACUCCCUUGAUGUACUUUAUAUGCAGCUCUAUUGUAAUGGCACUAUUCGGAGGAUGAAAACUCUGAGGGUUGUAACCACAUGUCCUCUUGACCUGUAUAAGUUUCCAUUUGACAAGCAGAAAUGUAAUUUGUCCUUUGGCAUGAGCACAAAUCCAGUUACUGAUGUGCAGUUGAUUCCCAUCUCCAAUGCUGAAAAAGUAACUCGGAUAUCAAUAGAAGCAUUUUCACAGUCAGAAUGGAAUCUCCAAAAUAUAACAAUUAUGCAUUUGAAUGCCUCUAAAUAUGGGGAGGAAUGGAGUAAAGUCAUUUAUCAGGUAAGUUUAAGGAGAGCUCCCAUUUUAUAUGUCAUUAACCUUAUUAUACCAGCCUGUUUGCUUGUGCUGGUAGAUGCAUCAAGCAUGUUUAUUCCUAUGGAGGGUGGAGAGCGUCUAGGAUUUAAAAUAACCGUUGUGCUUGGCUUCUCUGUGCUUCUAUUGAUUCUAAAUGAUUUUCUGCCUAACACAGAUAAUCCACCUAUACUAGGUGUUUUCUGUAUGGUCUGUCUGCUCAUUAUGAUUAUUAGUAUUAUUGACUCCAUCUUCAUAUCAUACAUGUUGCACCUUUCCACAAUGAAACCGGAAGUACCACAACUUAUAAAGCUUUGGGUAUUAAAACGGCUGGCAUAUGUCCUUAGAAUUAAAAUAAAGGAGGAUUUUGACUCCCCUGUUGUCGGAGACAAUAAUAAAGCAGUGGAUGGAGAUCUCGCACUUACUGAACCAGAGACAGAAACUAACAAGUAUCUCUCAAAAAAUGCAAAAGACAGCAAAGAGAUUAAACUUCUCAAGAGAUUGCUAUUGGAACUUCUUAUGGUUCGAAAACACCUUAUUGUCUCUAAAAAAGGGGAGGAGGCAAAAUCUGAGUGGAAUCUGGUGGCUUUUGUCUUGGACAGGUUCAUUCUCAUCCUUUAG